AUGGGUGCCCAAAAAAACAUAUCACUUUCACUUAUAAUUCUUGUAAUAUUGUUUCACACAAAUGCCCUGAAAUGCAUUGCAUUUCCUCAUCCAUCUAGAGGGAUCAAAGCUGCCUAUUGGCCAUCAUUUGAUGCAUUUCCGGCAUCAGCCAUUGACACCUCAUACUUCACUCACAUUUACUAUGCAUUCCUUUUACCCGACCCGAACACCUAUAAACUUAAUGUCACCCCAUUUCACCAAACAAAAAUCCCCGGCUUCAUCGGUGCAAUCCGUGCCAAAAACCCACCCGUCAAAACCUUACUAUCCACUGGAGGAGGCGGUAAUGACCCGACUGUAUUCUCUAAGAUGGUCAGCAGCAGGGCAACCCGCCAGAUUUUCAUUGAUUCCACCAUUGAAGUAGCUCGAAAUUAUGGGUUUGACGGCGUUGAUCUUGACUGGGAAUUCCCGGCUACUGCCGAGGACAUGUCAAAUCUUGCCUUGCUGUACAAGCAAUGGCGAAAAGCUCUGCUCGAUGAAGCUAAAACUUGCAGAAAGCCGCCUCUGCUUUUAACUUCUGCUGUAUAUUAUUCUUCGAAAUUCACGUAUGGUGAGCCUCGAUCAUACCCAGUUGAAGCUAUAGUUAGAUAUGUGGAUUGGAUUAGUCCAAUGUGCUUUGAUUAUCAUGGGUCAUGGGAAAAUUUCACCGGGAUUCACUCUGCGCUAAGAGAUAUUGGUAAUGGUAAUUUGAGCACACACUUCGGAAUCGGGUCGUGGAUCGAAGCCGGUGUACUGCCCAGCCAGCUUGUCAUGGGGCUGCCGUUAUAUGGGCGGACAUGGAAGCUCCGGGACCCGUAUGUUAAUGGGAUCGGAGCGCCUGCGCUGGGCGUGGGGCCCGGAGAUGGUGCUUUCACGUAUCAUCAAAUACUUGAUUUCAACGAGGAGAAUAAUGCGACAGUAGUGUUUGAUGGCCAAACUGCGUCGUUUUAUUCCUAUGCUGGAGACUAUUGGAUCGGGUACGAUGAUGUCCAAUCGGUAAGGUUGAAGAUCCUGUUUGCCCGGUCUCGGCAGUUGGGUGGAUAUUUCUUUUGGGCCCUUGGCCAGGAUAAGGGCUGGACCAUCUCAAGCCUAGGUAAAGCUUUAGAAUCCCCAUCCUUUGUUAAAGUAUGUUAUUUCACGUGA